GUUGGUGGCAUUGUACAUAAUCGUGAAGUUAGCUACUUAGAAUUUAUCAGAGUCGGGUUUAUAAUAUUUGUAAUUUCACAUUAUUGCCUGUUUUUGCUUUAAUUUGGAUCUGAUAUUUUGAUUUGUGUAGUCGCUCAAACGCGCCAAAAACCUCUACAAGCGAUUUAACCUUAAAAAAGUCUGUUUCUGUGAUGUGGUUUUAUUACAUCGCUUGAGGUUAUUGCGGAAUGUUGGAAGAUUAAUGGAAUUUCUGAAUUUGAGAGUGGAAAAGGCGUAAAAAAUGUUUGUGAAAAGUACCGUUAUUUACAAGGCAGCCGGUCCUGGAUGCAUCGUCGGCAACUUCACGUCGGUAUGCAAUAAGAAUGUCAGUGAUGUGUGUCGACAGUAGUUGUGAAUGUUUACUCCCGAAGAUAAUUAAUCAAGUGUUUUAAAUUAAAAAUGAUUAAGAAAAUGCCAGUGAAAAAAGCUUGUGCGAUCGUGCGUUAAAGUUUGAGAUGUGAGGUCAUCGCCACAGUUCAAAAUGGCAGGCCGAAAUCGUCCAGUCCAACACAAAAACUUUUGUACAAUAUUUACCAAGUUACAGGGUGCUUUUUCGGAGGCAGUGACCCACCAGAAGUAUGUGACGGACAAACGGACUUUGGAAAAAACGUCCAAACUCAUGGACAAAGUAGUGAAACUGUGCCAACAUCAAAAAAUGAACUUGAAGAACUCGCCGCCUUUUAUACUAGAUAUUUUACCAGACACUUAUCAAAGACUGCGGUUCAUUUGCUCCAAGUACGAAGACAAUAUGAUUGCUUUGCACAAUAACGAACAUUUUCACAUAUUCAUCAUCAACCUGAUGCGGAAGUGUAAACAAGCAAUCAAAUUGUUCAAAGAGGGCAAGGAGAAGAUGUUCGACGAAAACUCGCACUACAGAAGGAACUUAACCAAGCUCAGUUUAGUGUUUAGUCAUAUGUUAAGUGAACUGAAAGCCUUAUUCCCGAACGGGGUGUUUGCCGGAGACCAGUUCCGGAUCACCAAAGCGGAUGCGGCCGAAUUCUGGAAGACCAACUUUGGUAACAGCACCUUGGUACCGUGGAAACUUUUUCGUCAGGAACUAAACAACGUCCAUCCGAUCAGCUCCGGCCUAGAAGCCAUGGCUUUGAAAUCCACCAUAGACCUCACUUGUAACGAUUACAUAUCAAAUUUUGAGUUUGAUGUAUUCACGAGAUUGUUCCAACCCUGGGCGACGCUGUUACGAAACUGGCAAAUAUUGGCGGUCACUCAUCCGGGUUAUGUUGCAUUCCUGACUUACGACGAAGUCAAAUUAAGACUGCAGCGGUACAUUCACAAAGCUGGAAGCUACGUAUUUAGACUCUCUUGCACGCGACUGGGUCAAUGGGCCAUCGGCUACGUCACAGCGGACGGAGAAAUCCUCCAAACGAUACCCCAAAAUAAAAGUCUGAUCCAGGCACUACUCGACGGACACCGCGAAGGAUUCUAUUUGUUUCCCGACGGCCGAUCGGUGAAUCCGGACUUGUCGUGGGCGGUGCAACCCACCCCCGAAGACCACAUUGCCGUUACUCAGGAACAAUACGAACUGUACUGCGAGAUGGGAAGCACAUUCCAGCUGUGCAAAAUCUGCGCUGAAAACGACAAGGAUGUCAGGAUUGAGCCCUGCGGACAUUUGCUGUGCACCCCCUGCCUGACUGCCUGGCAGAUCGAUUCCGACGGCCAGGGCUGCCCGUUCUGCAGGGCCGAGAUCAAAGGCACCGAACAGAUAGUUGUAGACCCUUUCGACCCUAAAAAAUCCCAUAACAGACCCAAAACAUCGUCGGCUAGCUCUCCGAACGCGGGCAACAUCGACGACGACGAUAUGGAGUUUGAGGAUGUUGGCGAGUUGUGGACUUGCGCUGGAAGUAGUUUACACGCUCUGGCACUGUCACCUCGUAGCGACAUUUCAGCGUCAGCCAGCCCGAUGAUAUCGCCGGGGAGCAGCCCCCGCUGCGUGCGUCGGAACAUCGCCCCCGGGACACUGCCGCCCCCGCUGCCCCCACGGAAAAACUCGCCCACUCACGAGCAAACGAUUCUGCCAACGACUUCGAAUCUCUCACUACGAAACGGUUUACACAGCACAAACGGGCACAAAUUCACUAACAACGGCAUGAACGAAGCACAAUCAGUAACAAAUCUAACCCACAACACGAUCGAGAUACCUCAGAUAGCGAAGAGCAAUUCCAUGUUGGAGAUGCACAGAAACCCAAGUUCCGAAAACGAUAAUAUUGUAGAAUUAAGCUCACCCGAGACGAUUUACGGUGUAGUUAUAUCAAAUUGUGAUAAUAUUAUAGAUAGCACUAAGAGUCAAACGCGACACUUGAGUUGUCCCACAUCGAGAAACAAGCCGAUGAGCAAUCAGCCGGUGAAAUCGAGCACAACGCCGAAUUUUAGUCACUCGAGCAGCGACCAAACGGGGCAUCCUGUCUACGAAAACGUCAACUUGGAGCUGCCCCCAAAGCACAGAGACAGGGUGAACCCGCUUGAGAGAGACAGCACCGUGUCGUACGAAAAUCUGAACAUGGACUACAUUAAGAAGUUGGUUAGUGAGGGUUAUUCCAAAGAUGCCGUUAUAAAAGCGCUGGGGAUUACGCGGAACAAUGUCGAUAUGGCUUGUGAUAUUUUGCACGAAUUCGGGACGAAGUUGGGAUAGCAGCAUCAUUAGUGCCGAUCAGUGUUGCAGUUAUUAGCAAAUUUCGUUUAAAAUAAUUGUUCCCGCGACUUGAAUUUGCUAAUAAUGUGAUUAUGUGUCCAGUCCUAAUUCUAAAUCGGUGUUAGGCAAAUCAGUUUUCUGAUCGUCAAUGUUACUGUGUUUUGACGGUAAAUAGUUCACACAGUACCUUAAAUAUGUUUUUUUCGGUCGAAAAAUCGUGAUCUGGAACUGUUAUUUUUAUAGUCCUUUUAGCAAACUUGGAGAGUAUUUUUGUUAAGGACCUUGGGUGUUGUUACUCCUAUGGAUUAAUGUCAUACCAGUUGACUAGCCAAUACGAUGCAAUAUUUUGCUAUGCUUUAAAAAGUAUUUUAACAUAUCUAUGUAUUUAGUCAUUUUAUGAAAAACAUACGCUUCGAUUUUAUUUUUACUAACAAUUUAAGGCGCGAACAUAAGUCUGAUCACUUUAUUUGAUACUGAAUAGUACAACUUACGACGUAUAAUUAUUACAAAUAUUUUACCUUAUUCGUAAACUUCUACAGUAAUAAUUACUGAUUAAUUCCGAUACCGGUGUUUUUUUACUAUAUGAAACGUGUAAAUAUAUUGUUUCCUCAGGAAAGCGUCAAACCAAAGUCUGUAUAUAGAUGAUUGAAAUGAAUUAUUAUAUGUUUUUUAUUCAUGUAAAUAUUUCGCCAUGUAAUUCUUAUGUAUAAUUAAAUAAAUUAUAAUAACCAUU